AUGCAGGUACCACUACUUCGCCUGCAGUGCGGCGUCAACAGCUAUGACUGGGGCAAGGUUGGCCAAGAGUCGGCAGCGGCAAAGUAUGCGGCCACAACAGCCGCCCCGGACUUUGUGAUCGAGGCCGACAAGCCCUACGCCGAACUCUGGAUGGGCACACAUCCCUCUCUUCCCUCUAAAGAUGUCGAGACCCAGCGUACCCUCCUCGACAUGGUUCAGGACAACCAGGCCCUGUUAUCGACGGUUAUCAGUGAACGAUUUGGAGGCAGACUUCCGUUCCUGUUCAAGGUGCUUUCCAUCCGUAAAGCGCUUAGCAUCCAGGCCCAUCCCAACAAGAAGCUUGCGGAGCAGCUCCACGCCCGGGACCCAAAGAACUAUCCCGAUGACAAUCACAAGCCCGAGAUGACCAUUGCCAUCACUCCAUUCGAGGGCUUGUGUGGCUUCCGUCCACUCGCAGAGAUCACACACUUCCUCCAGGCCGUGGAGCCUCUGCGCACACUGGUUGGCAACGAGGCGGCGAGUGAGUUCGAGCAGGCAAUCAAGGGUAACGAGAACUCAGACGAACCCACCGUCAUUCGAAACAACAAAGAAGCGCUGCGCUCCCUCUUCACGGCCUUGAUGGAGUCUUCACCCGGCAAAGUAGAGACAGCCUGCAAGGACCUUAUCUCGGCCGCAAAAAACAGCCCCAACAGCUUCGCGACCCUGCCAGGUGAGGUGGAGACGAACCCUACCAACCCCGCCGAGUUGGCUGCGCUUGCCAAGCGUCUGGAUGGACAGUUCCCAAACGACAUCGGCCUGUUCAUCUUCUUCUUCCUCAACUUUGUGAAGAUGGAGCCUGGUGAGGCUAUGUUCUUGAAGGCAGAUGAUAUCCACGCGUACAUCUCCGGUGAUAUCAUUGAGUGCAUGGCGUCCUCUGACAACGUGGUGCGCGCGGGUUUCACCCCGAAAUUCAAGGACGUCGACACACUCACCCAGAUGCUGACCUACUCUUACGCACCAAUCGAGGAGCAGAAACUCCAGGCGACAGAUUACCCAUAUGUCAUUCUGAACGCCACUGCUUACUCUAGCGCCUCGUCCGCGAUGCUCUACGACCCUCCUAUCGAUGAGUUCAGCGUUAUCAAGACCGACUUGAACCGCACUGGCGCCAAGGCCACUUUUGACCCGAUCGAUGGCCCCAGUAUCAUAAUUUGCACACGUGGCAAGGGCAAGAUUACUGUCGGCAACAAGACCGAGGAGGUCCAGGAGGGCUAUGUUUUCUUCGUCGGCGCUACUGCUCAGUGUGUGAUUGAGAACACUGGCAGCGGUGAGGGUGAUGAUGUCUUUACAACCUACAAGGCAUUCUGUGAAUUGACAGCGACUGGUGAGGCAAAUUAG